GAUGCCCAAUGCCUCUUCCUCAAAAUUCACUCCUGUAUGGAUUGGGUUCUCAUUGCCCAACCUCACAUCUCCUCUGGCGUUGGGACUGUCACCAUCAAUUCAGAGUGGAUGGGCACUUUCACGCAUGAAAGUGACAUGUGCAACAAGCUCCACAUGGCUGGUGUGCCUGUCUGGUAUGUCUGCAUGAUAGCAUAUAUACCUGCCAAUAUGAAGGCCCACAAACCCACAUUAAUUACACAUCCAGAUGACAUUGUCAUCUCGAUGUAUGUGGAGGGCAACAGAAUCCACCCUUACGACAUCAUUUAUCAUGGCCAAGGUGGCCACCAGCACCAACUUCACGUUCAUCACCUGUACAGCAGCACAACUUUCAGAAAUCCUGACGUCGUGGUUCCCCCGUCCACUUCAUCCAGCAGUUUCUCUACUCCCAGUUCUUCUGCUCUUGUGCCAUCCUCUCAAACAUCCGCUGCUGGAAGAGCACCUCAACAUAGUCUCAAAAAGCAUAGGUAA